AUGUGGGUGCUCCGACUUACCACUGCUUGCAUCAGAGAGCAGUACGGUAUUCCCAACAACACUCUCGCAACGCCUGGGAACGAGCUCGGCAUCUUUGAGUCACUGGAUGAUCACUAUAGUAGAGAAGACCUCGACAGUUUUUUCGCAGCGCUCUACCCGUAUGUGCCCGAGGCAACGUAUCCCGAGGGGAGGCUCAUUGAUGGUGCUAUUGGUGCUGUUGAAGACGUUCCAGGAUAUACGCAGUCCGACGCAGGUGUUGAGUCAGACUUGGAUUUUGAAGCCGCGUGGCCACUGAUUUGGCCACAGAAGACAGUUCUAUUCCAAACGGACGACGAAUUUUAUGAAAUCAACCAAACCUCCGCAGACACGCCCUACCUCGGCUUCUACAACACCUUCUUUGACGCAAUUGAUGGGUCAUAUUGUACAUACUCGGCGUUCAAUCAGACUGGUGACUGCACUGAGCCUGACUGUCUUGAUCCUGUGUAUCCCGAUCCCAACCCUGGUGGUUACACGGGCCAGUUGCAGUGCGGGCUUUAUCAGCCUACGAAUGUCAUCUCUAUCUCGUAUGGUGGCGGAGAGUCUGAUCUACCUGCUAACUAUCUGAAACGCCAAUGCAACGAGAUUAUGAAGCUUGGGUUGCAGGGCGUCACUGUCAUCGAGUCAUCUGGCGACUACGGUGUUGCGUCCUACCCAGGAGACUUUGGCUUGGAGAACGGCUGCGCUGGACCUGACGCGAAAGUCUUCUAUCCAUCCGCUGACGCGACGUGCCCGUAUGUUUUAGCAAUUGGUUCUACACAGUUCAACCAUGUUAGUAACGGCAGCACCACUUACUACGAGUCGGCUACCGCACGAUUCCCAAGUGGCGGCGGCUUCUCCAACUACUUUGACGCACCUGAGUGGCAGACAGACGCCAUUUCCAGUUACUUUGAUGAGGUCAGCCUCGGCUUCACUGGCUACGAAGAUGCUGGCACGAACUUCAGUGACGUGGGCGACGGCGUCUACAGGAUUGGUGGACGUGGGUACCCCGACGUAUCUGCCAUUGGUGACUUCUACGUGGUUUUCACCCAGGGCCAAUGGGCCCGUGUUGGUGGCACAUCGCUUUCAGCGCCAAUAUGGGCGGCGGUACUCACACUUGUUAACGAGCAACGCCUCGCGGCCGAUAAAAGCACUGUCGGCUUCAUUCAACCUACUUUGUAUUCCCACCCUGAGGUUUUCACAGAUGUCACGAAGGGUUCUAACCCUGGGUGUAAUUCAACCGGUUUCUUGGCAGCCAAGGGGUGGGAUCCAGUUACAGGCCUUGGAACGCCUAUUUUCCCUAAGCUCGUUGAUGUACUUUUAAGUUUGUGA